AUGACGCGGCCCGGCCCGCGUCCUGAGGUCUCCGUGAAAAUCGCGCCGGGACGCAGCUCAGCAGGCUUUCCGGCUGGACGCUUGGGGAUUGCGGUCACCUGGAGAGGGCGCGGCGGGGCUCUGCCCGUUCCCCCUGCCUUACUCUUCGCAUCUCUUCUACCUGGCGGUUCCCGAGUUCCUUGGGCUGUAAUUCAUGUUCAUUGGAGUACAUCAUCCACAAAAGAUGACCUACCAAUAAGAGAAGUCACAAAGCUAGUAAGCAGAAGAGACAAGAUUGGAAUCUCAUCUCUUGAUGCCCAGUACUGUGGUCUUUCCUUUACACACUUUCUCCUUAUCUUGGAAUUCCUCAUAUACAUCAUAAGCUUUCAAGAAAUGGAUGCAAGAGGGACACCUGACUGGCUCAGUUGGUGGAGCAUUUCGUUCCGACUGAUUUCAUGUUUCAAAACAAAGAGGCAGAAACCUGUGCUGUAUGUCCUGUAUUUAUUACCACUCUCGGAAGACCGACAGACUGGAAUCAGAAAUCUUACCACCAUGUUAGUAUUCUACAGCUGCUUCUGUGAACUAUUCCAGUUGUUUAAAGAACACAAGAUUCAAAACUACAUAAACCUGUGUUCGCAUUCAAGCUGGACAAAAAACUACAGCUGUGUGACCUUAGAUCAGUCUCUUAACCUCUCUGAGCCGUAAUUUCCUUAGUCUAUAAAAUGGAACUCUAGGAGAAGGACACUCUGACUGUGAGAACUAAAUAAAGCUUUUACAUAGUGCCGA